CUUGAAUGAAUCGGUUCCUUUCAGCCACUGUUGAAUGUAACAAAUGUUUCUGGAAACACUGGAGAUCUAGCUUUAUCAAUUUGAAAUAUUCUGCCAAAACACAGGUAACUUAAUGACUUGUCAAAAUACAGACACAGAGUCUUCUACCAGUUUCUCAUUGCUGGGAGCUGUGCAUGGAAGUUUGUAUGAGACCUCCCAUAACAAAUGCUAGCAGGUAAAAAGAAAUCUUACUUUUUCUAGUUAGAACCUGUCACUUACGUUGUUAGGAAAGUAUGGAUGCUUACCAGUAUUCAGAGAGACAACCAGGCAGUAAGAUACACAAUGAGAAUAUUACAGAAAUUACAGUGAUUCCAUAAGCAGCGUGAAGCAAUGAACACAGACAAGACUGAAAAUUUAAAUUUCCUACCAGGAAAAUAACUAUAAUACAGUAUGAUAUAAAACUGUCUUCAUUCCUGGUAUUGCAGUUUCUGAGUGCCAAGUCUUGCGCUUUUUUAGCUGUCACUGUCAUUAUUCUGCAAGUAGCACAAUCUAGUUCGUAUUUUCCACUCAGAAUCCACAUGCCUAUCGGGCAGUUUCAGAUAAACACUGUGAGACAACAAGCAGCCAGAUAGUAACAUUACCCUAGGAAACUGCUAAGUAGUAGUAAACAGAUACUGACUUCAAAAGGUGAUAGUUCCACAGGUCGGACAAUGAUUCAGAGAAAAAUAUGCUGCAAGUAUUAGGGCAUGCAUUCUCUUAAGCCGGCAGAGGGUCAUGGUACUGUGAUUGUUGUUUAAAAGAACAAUGUAUCUUCAUUUGCAACUAGUAAGCAAUUUGUGGGUACUUUAAACAACACGUUGAUAACUAGUUGCAGGAGCAACUGAAUUAAGUCUGUCACAGUGCAGCAGAUCAGGCACAAUUUCGUGUUAUCACUUUUCACAGCUCUGAUUAACUUCAGCUGGCGUUCGAUGUCUGAGUCUUCUAAAAAUAAAAUCCUGGGUAUUCUGAUUACAGUGGAAGUAUGUAAGACUAUUAAAAAGUGGCUUUGAUUUCCUAGUUACAAGUGUGUACAUCCUGACCCUUUAUUUUAGACAAAAUGUAUGUAAGGAAAUUCAGGAAAAAGCAAAUGAAAAGAUGGUUGAUAUAGCAAGCAUAUUCUGUAAUUCUGUCCAUAUGCUAACUCCAACAAGGAAAAGCAAAGAAAAAUGAAGUGUCUUGUGCUUGUUAUAAAAAGGGAAGGCUUGUGAUUUUGUUCAUGUUUAGCGACAUUUAUUUUCACGAAGAAGAAAUGGAAUGAUAAUGCAAAAUUUUGCAUUAGUACAAUAAUUAUGUUUAUCAUCAUGUUUUCCUGUAAAUGUGGCUUUAGGCAUCAAGUUUCUUGGCAGAAAGCACUGUCACUGUAGCCUCAGUUCUCUGGAAGUUUUAUAUAAGUGAAUCAGAGAAAGCACCCAAGAGCUAUUAGUGCUAUUGUAUAUUUUAAAAGUCAGCUUGAUACUUUAAUUCUUCAGAUCAGUCAGACAGUUUGGCCUCAAACAACAAUCUUCUGGGGUUAGAGAUUACACAGAGACAGAUAACAAUUUUCAGAGCUGCAGCAAGUACAUUUGUCUUUGUGCAUUGCUAAGAUGCUGGAAAAAUGUGGUGUGUGUUGAGUAGAUUCUUUUUCUUUUCAGAAGAUUGUAUGAAAUUAAAUGGAGGUGAUUUGUGCUAAGUUCUCAAGUAAAAAAUGCAAAAGUUAGGAAGCAAACCUAUUGGCUUGCUGAAAAAUUGUGUCUACGUUCCUUUGUUUCAUCAAAUAGUGCCAGAAAUGUUAUUUCUACAUGGUAUUUUUUAGUUUGCGCAGCCAAAAAGCUGGUUUUUGUUUUGUGCACAUACUAUACCUGAGGGUGCUGUUGUGUCAAUAAGUCAUUUCAUAUAUGAUGUUAACAUAUUGGUUAUAAGGCUACAAAAGGUAUAUUUCAAGGAGAGGUUUCAAUUUCUAACAGCUUUAAACUUAUUCUCAUGCCUUUGUGUGCACUAUAAAAACAUGCCUAUGAUUUGAGAUGAGGAACUGAAACUUGCUUUCAGGCCAUGAAUAAAGAAAUACUGCCCUGUAACAACUGUGGGUCAACUUUUGCAUAUCUAUGGCCUCUGCAGUCUCACUGAUGUCACCUCUGUACUGGUUUAUUCAUUACUGAGUAGAAAGUUCAAGUGGCAUAACAAAAAUAACCAAGAUAACCAAAUUAUUGAUGUCUUUAUGUUCAGGCCAUUGACUAUUUAUUAUUGUCAAUUCUGUGCUGUCGAAUUACAUUCUUUGCACCAUGAGUUCAGACCCAAAACCAGAAUGGGGAUUUGUUUAGUAAAUGUUACUUCACAGUUCACUAUACAGAAGCGGUGCUCUGGAAGAGGCAUUUUCGCCUGACCUGCUUUUCUGUCAAUUUAAUGCUCUUCCUCCCCCCAGUUCCCUGUGGCAGUUCAUUAUACAUGAGCCAAUUAUAUAUGGACAACAGAGAGGCCGAUUGCCUCUCCAGUGCAAGCAUCUUGCUUGGGGCCUAACUGGCUGUAACGUGUUAUAUUCUAGGGAUUUGGUAGGUAUGUCUGUUUACACAGCACUGUGUAUACAUGUCAUUUUGAAUGCUGAUGUGAAGAGGCAAAAUUUGGCCAUGCCAUUACGCAGUUGGCUUCCUCUCCCUCAAUUUACAAACAUUACUUUCUCCAAUGUCAUUCUCGUAGUGUUGGCAGAGGUCAUAGCUCUAGACCGCAUGUGACCAGUACAACUAGAAUGUGUACUGGAGAGCUACAGGACAAAUGUUUCUCACUGAAAACAACUCCGGUGGUAAAAUCACACACAUGAACUGCACCGUUUUGUUUGCCAGACUUCACAAUCUGAUGAUUUUUCUUUUUCUGAUUCUGAUGACUUACACCAUUUCCCUUGGUGUUGUCAUGGGCAUUCUUGGAGGAAAGAAAAUGUCACAACUUCUUUUAAAAAUGGGCAGACUACCCAGGGUUUUAAUCAAAGUUUGAAGACCUAAGGGAUGUCCCUACACAGCUAGCUAAGCACCAGGUCUCUCACCAAGAAUCCUCACUUGGCAUCAGAGUUAGAAAGGGUCAGGGUCAGUGAGAUGGAAAUGAUAGAAAGGAGGUCCUCAGGCAGUGUCCCUCAGUUCUUCAGGCUGAGCUAGGGUUGUAGGGUGGUGCAAAUGCAUGUGGACUGCACAUGCCUCAGUGCACUGCAUCUAAGCAUCAAUUUUGCUGCAGCUGUGGACUUCCACCUCGCUAUUAAUAUAGACUUCUGGGCAGACUGCAGUAAAGCCUCAGCAUUAUACUCCAUGUGAUGUGUUGCCAAAAGACACUGAGUAUCUGACAUUUUUCUGCAGAAAUUAUGAAGGUAAACAGAACCAUUGCAAAAAGGAUGAAGUGAUGUGCACAAAUCUGGCUUUAAACUGUUCGGGGGUUUUUUGUUGGGGUUUUUUUGGGUUUUGUGUGUGUGUGCUUUGUGAUGUUCGUAUGUUUGAAACAUUAUUGUCUGUACUGCACAUACGAGAAGUCAUUUCACUAGCUCUGAUAUCUGAUGGCUCAGGACUAGAGAAAUCUUAAGUUGGCAUUGGCUCUUAGAUUGAAAUUGGCUUUAAGGUUAUGCAGGUAUAUUUUGAUGCUGGGUUAAAAGAUCAUGGUGCUUGCCAGAUGGCUAAUCAAAGCACAGAAAAUACUGAGUCUCAGAGUGGCGUAGAAGGACCUAGCUAUUGCGUUUCAGCAUAUGUGGUUGUUCUUUCUCAAGAUCUUCCCCUAUUUCCGAAGUAGCACAAAGAAUAUUAAAGUUGUCUUUAAACACAAAAGGGAAGUUCCCUGUUGAACGUGGUGAAAAUACAGAUGUCCCAUUGUGUGUGGAUGAUGGAGGUAGUCAAUGUGGGAAAAGGCCAUGAAAAGAGUGCUGUGCUGCCAGGUAUUGUAUCAGGGAAAUUGCUACUGGAACCUGACACACUCAAAGGAGAGAUUAGAAUUUUCCAGGCUAGAGGAGAGGGUAGGUUUGAGUGAUUUAGAGCUAGUCUUAAAUCCUGACAUCAGUGGUUGAGGAAUCUGACCCCUGCAGCCUUGUCAGUGGACUCUGGAGUUACUGAAGGGGCAUAUUUCUUCUCAGGAAUCUGCAGAAAUGUGUGAUGUGGAACAGAAAUUCUGUCCUCUCCUCUCUGACAGGCUGCUGAGCUGCCUGGAUAUGAUUUCCCCCCUUCAGCUGGACAUUUCUUCAUUUAAAUUAUGGUUGUAAAAGUUCUGGGAAUAUGUGCAGGCUUUCUGCAUUGGAAACUUUUUCUCCAUUGCUUCACAACUGCUGCAGACCUACAUUGCGAUGAGAGGUAGUCUGUGGUCUCAUUUUAUUUAUUAGUACAAUGCUGACCUGGAAGAGAGAAAAUGAGAGGGGAUUCUGUAAUUCAUGACAUAUUUCACAUUCUGUUUUUAAAAGCUGAUAAAUUGAUCUUUGUUUAUUUUGUAUCCUUGAUUGGCAGUGUCGCUCUUGGAGGCUGGUUGGCAUGUGUAGUACCUUGGGUGUUGCCUAGCUUUUGUAUAUGAGGCUGCAGAGGGGCAGACCUGUCCGUUUUAAACUAUAGCUUCUGAUAGAUAAAUUCUCUAUUGUACCCGGAUAAAGCUUUAGUAACCAACACGGUCUUGUGCUUUUGGUUGGCCAAACAGUUUUGAGAGAUUGUAUCUGGAAUAUUUUGCUGUUAAAAUGACAUGCUUUCUUCCCUUACGUGUUUCAUCAUUCCCUCUAUUUUAGGUCAGAUGAUUCAUCUCUGCAUUACUGGUUCUGCAUUUCCAUUGCCUUAAUUGGGUCUUUUGGAGUUAAUACAAUCUAUAUGGAAUUGGCAAAUGCUAUUUCUAACAACGUACUGAUUUGUCCCCUUCCUUCAUUCCUCUCUCUUCUCUGAUUCCCCCUCCUCACCUUCCUCAGUCCCAGUUGGUUCCUUUCUUCUUGUCUUUACUGCACUACAGCUUUUCCAGGAGUGAGCUGGAGAGUUUCACUCUGCUGCUAAAAUGUGACUUGUGUUGUUUAGCCAUAAGUUAGCUCAGAGGAGAGUCCUGUCCUCAAGACUUUUCAUGCUGUUUUAAGUUGCAGCUAGGUAUCUACAAAACCUCUUGCUGGCAAAGGAUGCCAAGAGAUGUCCUGGACCAGCAGCACGUUUGCUGAGUAUUUCAGAUACUACAUCAGCUGUUAAUGCUACUCAUUUCUAGCAGCAGGUCCCUGCUGUUGAAGGGUGACAUGGUUGCUUUUCUUCCUGCUCUGAACUUUUCCCACCAAGGUGUGCCUUCAGCCACGAACAGACCUCCACCCCAUACCAACACAAAGACAGCAGUUGCUUCUGUCUACAGUGACUAAAACCUGGGCUCAACCUAACUGCAUCUCCAUCUAUCAGUUGGGUGCAGCUAGUGGGUCUGGAGAGGCUGUUGCAAGUGUUGUAGUUAACCAUAGUUUAACGGAUUACCACUUGCCACCUAAACUGAAAAAUCUGGCUAGAAAUGUGUUUUUAGCCAGUGGCAAACAAAAUAAAAUACCACUAAGAAUAGUGAACAUCGUAGUGUUUAAUAUUUAAAAAUGCCAUCUAUGAUGCCAAACUGUUAAUAGAUGUGUGUUCAAAGAUGAUGUAUGCAUUUACAUUUUAAAGGAAGCAUUUGAAAAUGAAGUCAUUUGUCAUUACUACUUACACAGCACUAUCUGUUUGGGGUUUUAAAAUUCUGAAAUUAAAGAGGACUGUUGUCCUCUAAUCAUGUAACACACCUGUGCAUGUAAAUAAUCCACAAAGCUCUUCAUUAACCUAGCACUGAGUUUACAGCUUCUGGUAGAGCUUUCUCUUUUCUGCUUGGUUGAAAGACUUGAACCUUUCAAAAUCAUCUCCUCUCCAAUGAAAAAAAAAUAAUUUGGAAAGCAAGGAGCAUUUCCUCUGAAAAUGUUUUAAGCAAGAAAGGUUAUUAAUGUUAUAGCAAAAAACCUAACAAGUUUCCUGGCCUGGAAGCUGUAACUUCAAGAAAGAAAUAAAAUGCAGGGUUAUUUUAACAGUGAGGAUUAUUAACCACUGGAAAAAUUUGCUGAGAGUUAUGGUGGCUUCCCUGUCAUCAAGACCAGGUUCCUGUCUAGAAGUUGUGCCACAGCCUGUGCAUGUGCCCAGCCUAUUCCCACAGGUGUGGUUGUGUGUCCAGAGCCCGCGGGACAGUGUCAGCAGAGAAUCAGCCCUCGCAGGUUGUCUUGAAGCUCCAAAUGAGGCAGCCUGAAGUUUUUUUCUUUGAGUGGGCAUAUCCAAAUUCUUCAUUCCUGCCAAACUGCAUGCUGAUUGUUGUUGCUUGAUAGCUACAGAUUUUAGUGAGCUAAAGAGAUUCAUUUGUGUUUUUUCAUCUGCUGAAAUUUCUGGACAUCUGCUUAGGUUCAAGUAUGGGCUCAUUGGAGUGAAACUUGGGCGAAACUUUGCAUUGUGUCACUAACGGAUGACCUAAAAAUAAUUAAUUCAGGGCAUUCUCUCAAGAUAUAGCAAUCAUUUCCUGUUGCCUGGCAAUAUCUCUGGCACUGAAUACAGAACUGGGAAUUUAUUUUAUGAAGCUGUGCAGAAAAAAUUGUUUACAAUUUUCCACUGUGAUUCCCCCAAGAGGAAGAACCCAUGGCUCAUACAGAGUGAGCAAAUGUUAAUGACACCUAUUCAUCGUGGCAAACUUAUGACCAAGUUUCUGUUCCUCUUUCUGUCUUUCCAUAAAUAUUUACUGAAAGACAGCCUUGUGUUUUCUCAAAUUCAUCCCACUUAUUUUCAGUGGGAAUUAGCUUGAACUUAUUCUAUAUGGCUUAUUAAAAUUUAGUUUAUUUUUAAAUACUUUUUUUUUUUUUUAAUAAUCCUGUCUUCACAUGGCACACAAAAAUCUUUUCCCUUCAAGGAGGAGUAAGAAUUUUUCUAAUGUGUCUCUAGAUGACAUUUUAUUACCCAUACAGUGUGCAUUAUUUAGUUUAAAGGGAACCUCAUGUACCCACAAUGCCCUAUGCUUGAUGGAAGAGUGUGAAGACCCUAAUAUCAUAGUAGGCUUCAGGCAAGUAAGCUGCUACAUAGGCCCCUGAACACCAGUAUUUACCGUCUCUUGUAGGACUGGGAUACUUUUGUGACUGAAUUCAGCCUGCAACAGUAAAAAGGGCAAGUUGAAUGCCUUUGUUCUCCUGGAAUAGACUGAUAAGAGAAGGACAAAAACUUUCAUGGUUUCUUGGGCUGGGAUAAGUCUUUCCUAUGACCUGGGAUACACCCAGUACAUGCCUUCAAUCUGCAUUUUAUGGGGGAAUACAUUAACACUGGAAAUAGGCUUGUAUGAACAGACUCCAUGAAGAAGGUCAUGAAAUAAAUCUUGCAGAGCUAUUCCAGUGGCAGCCACAGUGGACCUAUUACACAUUUAGAAAACAAAUCAUGCUAAAAUCAACAGCUUCAAAUAGUUUGAGUUUAUUCUCACCGUUGGUAUUUUAACAUUUGGUCAACCCUCUGAUAACAGUAACCCCCCAAGUCUCCUUUUACGGUAAAUUCUAUUACAGUGGAUCCUGCUGUUGAUGGGAGAGCUGAUUAAAAUUAGGCUUGGCUGGUGAUGAGCUCAACUGAGCGAGUGAGAUUUUUGUUCUUGUUUUUCUUUUGUUUACAUGGUAACUGCCUCUUUCCUUUUCCCGUGCAAAUAAAUGUCAUGUAGCAUAGCUGAGAUGUGCUGCCUUUUAUUUGCCAGAAGAAGUUGCAAAUAAUUGAAUCACUUGAACACUGAAAUUUAGAGGCAAAACUUUUCAACAGAAAAAAUAUUAAUAUGCUACAGGAUGAACUUCGUGGUAUGCCAAGACCACCCUGUCACACCUAUCUCCUAAAAAUAAUGAAUUAUUUUGUUCCUAUAGGAAAGGUAGUAAACUUGUUCAAGUCAUCAAAAUUCACUGUUAGUCACAGAUAUUUUUGCACCAUCUCAAUGGUUUUAAAUGUAACCUCAGCAGCAGCUUCUUUUCAUAAUACAGGAAAAUAGUACAGACUUCAAACUUAUCCUUGGUCAAUGAGUCGAAUACUUUUUGAAGAGAACAGAUUUUGAACUGAUCCUUAAACACACAAAACCAACAUAUGUUUCAUUUGUUUUCAUAGCAGCUAAUUGCAUAAUGUGAUAUAGCUUGAAUGCAGAGAGCUUGAAAGAAUAAACAAGUUAACAAGGUGCUGUGGGACUUGCCUUUGUGGUGCGCAUGUAAAGACUUGUUAAGGAUAGAGGCUUGAACUGAACUGAUCAGUAAAAGCUUCUAGAGGGUGUUUACAACUUCCAGCUCAAGCAUCCAAUGCACAGGGAGGCAUUUCCCUCCGCACUGAUUGCACACCGUUGCUGGAGACUGUAAUGCAAACCACUGUUUCUAUUUCUUUUUUUCUCCUUGGUCUCAUCUACUUGUGCCAGAACUGGUUUUUCCUUGUCACGAUUGCUUUCUGUAUAAAUUGUGAUGCUUAAAGAGUGUAAUAAUCAUGUAAGACGAAGUUUCAACAAGCUGAUACAGUUCCAUCAUUUUUAAUUUAAAUAUCAACAGUGUUGAGUCAAAUAAAUUACUCUUGCAAUGGUUCUAUCUUUGCACUUAUUAUAUAUACCCAUAUAUAUGUAUGCAUGUACCUGGAUGUAUUUAUUUAUAUAUAUGUGUGUGCAUAUGCUUGUGUGUGAAUAUAAACAUAUAUGUAUAUAAAAAUAAAUGUGUGUAAUGGCAAAGACGUGGUAAGAAAAAAACCUAAGCAAAACAUUCAUCUACAUUUACUGUUCAGACUAAUAGAAAUGUAAAAGGGGAAAGACAGAAGAAGAUCUAAAAGUAAAUUAGCUUAAAAAGACCCUGCUGCUUGGAUAAUUGUUAGGGCUGUUUGUGGGAAUGCAGGAAAGAUUUUCACAAGUGGACAUUGAGUUAUGUGCAUAACCCUUACCCUUUUGGGAAAACAGCCCUCCCAAAUUUAUUUUUAGACAACUCUAGAUUGAAAAUCAGCCCGUUUUGUUAGGGACUACGUAGUUGCAUAAUGUAGGCACAUGACUCUUCAACAUUCAGAUGUUUGUUUUAAAAAAAAGAAGCUAGAACUCAUGCUUUUGUACUUGGCACAGCAAAAGGAAAAGGAAUACCAGUAUUGCUGGAAUUUGCUUUUACCUCCUUUUGGUCAUAUCUCCUUUUGAGAGUGUUUCAGCAGCAUCUUACAGCAAAAAUUUUCUGCCUGUCCCUUCUUUUCUUUGCCCCAAGGACCAGAGCAUUAUGCAGAGCCCUUUUUUCCAGGCCUACAUCACCCUUGUGCCAAGUGAAGCUUAGGUAAUUUGCUGUAUUUUUGCCUGCUCUCUGUCACUCAUUGCAGCUCUUCAGACUGCAAAACUGCUUCAGCCAUGCCAUUUUUGUCAUGGAAAUACUGCUUUACAUGUGGACCAUAUAAUAAAUGCUUUCUUACUGGACCCUUGUUAUCAUAAAGAUACACUUGUUACCAUGAGGAUACUUUUCUGUGUCCUUCCAUGGCAUGAGAUUUCCACCUUGCUGGCGAAGAAACCUAGUCACCGCAUCCUGGAGGAAGCAUCAAAUUCCAGCACUGACAUCAGGGUGAUUUUCUUAAGAUUGAUGAUUAAGGGUUGGUGCUGUUUACAAGCCCUCAGGGCUCAUCGUGUGAACUCUUCCGGUACCUAAAGGUGUGUUAAGUAUUCUUGCCCCUUUUGCUUCUGGAAGUACAAGGUCUGUCAAAAGCAGGUCUUUUGCAAACAGGGAAUGACAUCACACUUCAAUGUUUUUCCUCCUAGGUGCAUGAUUUCUUAGAAUCAGGGGCAUAUAGGCAUAGCAUUCAUUUAUCAUCAGCUAAGCUUUUGCUUUCCUAAAUCCAUUGCAGCUAAGUCAUGAAAGUUUUGUAGACUAUCCUAAAGCCUUUUCUGACUUUGCCCAUGGGCCCUGGUCCAUCCAUCCCAUCAGAUCUCCGAGAAGAACAGUGAACUAAAUGAAAAUGUGCUAGAAGCAAUCCUAUUUCUUUUGCCUCACACUUUUUAAGAAGGGCACACACAUUCUCUUAUCUCUCAUUAAACAAGUGUAACUGAUGCACUUCCUUAUAUCAGCAGUAGUACCUUUUGGAGGAGACACCCUUGAAUCCCACCUUUCAAUGAGAAUUUAAGGCAUUAAAUCAGCUCAUGAGCUCCAGAGUUCUGUCUCGAGUAGGAUGAUAUUCAGUAGUUUUUAGACUAUGAUAAAAAUUAAUUGCAAACAUGAAAAGUGAUGGAAUAUGCAUGCUGAUAUUUAUACUUGGCAUUUGAAUGACAACUGAAUGUUAAUCAUGACAACAAACAUGUUCUUAUCAUCCUUCAGCGGUAGCAUUAUCAUUAUUAUAGCUAUAAACUGAAGGCCCUAUGAUUUUCAGCAGCAUAUAACAAAGAAAAUACUCCCUGCCCCAGAGCACUUGCAGUCCAAAUAUCACAAAGGACAGGGUUGUGUGCCUCCUUAACCAAAGCCAGAUGUUUGAUUUCAAGGAGGGAAUUAAAAUCUAUUUUCACUAGGGAAUUUUUCUUAUGCGGAAGGUCAGCAUGGGAGAAAGCACACAGGAAGUCUCCCUGCUGGCAUUUGUACUAAUUAAGGGUGCAGAACAGAUUCAAUAAAUAACCCACUGUUUUCACAAGCCAAUAAACAUUUUGAAAAGCAUCUCCUUUUGAGUUUUAAAUAUCAACUCUCAACAUCUGGCAAAAUGCAAAUUAUUUUUUUCAAAGUUAAAUAGAUAAUUUUAGUUGGGGGUUUUUGUGGUCUGAAAACUGGAGGGAGAGAAAAGUCAAGAAAACUAUUUCCCUCCUAUUUUACAGUGCAUGACCACAUAUUUCUCUUUACCUGAGUUUGGCAAAAGCUGGUGUGAAGUCUCUUUGUGCUCCAAACAUUGAACCUCCUUGCCAGGCAUCUCUCCUUUUUCCUGAUUAUGUUUGCAAAGAAGGUGAUCGAUUGUUUCCAAGCCAGUGAUGCAAUAUGAUCUUUAUUCCAAACCAAGCAUUUAGAUCUCUACUUCCCCUUUCAGCACUAUAGUAUUGUAGACAAACUGCCAAUGUUUGUGUCAGCAGUUGAUGCUGUUAGGAGGUAGGAAUGAUUUUCUUUUCUUGAGUACCUGGAGAAGCAGGCGGUGCUAAGUGAGGCAGGGGCUGUAUGUAGGAGGGGGAGUAGAAGGAGCAGCAGUUCUCCUGCCAUCAGAAGUGGAAACAUCAGUGCUGAGAAACUGCUGAGAUGGAGCACAGUUAUUCCCUAGUAUAAUGUAAAACUCACACUCCAAGGAUGGAGGCUUCCUUCUGGCUGCACAGUCCUGCAGAGUGCCCUGCUUGGAAGAGACCUGUGGACUAAUAUUAGACUUCCACUCUUCUGUUACUUAAUUCAUAGGUACUGACAGAAUAAAUCCUGCCAGUGUGCUGGAAAACACUGUGCAAGCUGGAGCUUUGCUCUCCUCUGUUUAAGCCAAAGCUUGAACUCAACAGAUGCUUCAGAUGACAGAAGUCACUUGGUGGGCGAAACCAUGGUGUAUGUAUACGUGUCAAAAUGCCGAGUCAGAGCAGGAUGCUAAUAGCCUCCUGCUGAGUAAUUCAGUGGGUGGUUUAGCCCUGCAGUGCCUUCUGGGCAAAUCUGAAUGUUUGUUCAGGCUUGGCUUGUUUCUCACAGACACCUGGUGCAGGCGUUCUUACAAGUAGUUUGCAACCUUUAUUUAGGGGAAGGGUAUGAGUGAGGGCAUGGAAAACCCAUAGAUCCUUUGUUUUUAAUCACACUGAUGAUUUAGUAUCAAUCUCAAAACAGAGGUAAUUUCAAAACAAUAGUUACACUUGACAGCAGGCCAGGAUAUUCUUUAACAGAAAGAGAAGAAAAAAGCAUUUCCUCGCUGUAUACAGUGAGAUCUCUGAAACUGCCAGUAAAUUUUCUGUUUGUUCAGAUUCCCACAGAGACAUACAUAGGGGUUCAUAACUUGUCUGGUUAUUACAUUUUGGCAGAAAAAUGAAAACUCUUAUUCUUUUUCUUGCAGCCCAAGCUUCUCUUUACUCCCAAACUUCCACUCCAUACUGCUUUUAAUCAUUUAGUCUUUUAGUCAUUUGGUGUUUUUCUGCCCACUUAAAAAGCUCCCUGCCUCCUUUGUACUCAGUAAUCCAGUGUUUGUCUGGGUCAAUCACAAUUACAGGUAUUAACAGGGAGAAAAAAAAGAAAUGACACUUUCCCAAAGCAACUUCUAAAUGAAACUGUUCAAGUGUUUGUACCUUCUAAUCAGGCUCAAAUGUGCUGGUUUUUUGCAAAUCUUUCGUGAAGUCCUUACUCAGUAUUCACACAAUAGGAGCGGGGUGCUAUCAUUUGCCUUGUCUGUAUAGUAGGUUCUCUUAUUCCAGUGUUUCUGCUUUGAAAGGCUCCUCUUCCUUCAUGAGCUUCUCUGCUUUGAAUUGAGCUGGCUCAGAAGAACACAGAAACAAUUUUUCUUUAGGUCCUUCAAAGUGAGAAGCUUCCUGAAAGCAUUUAAAUCUAAUGCAUCAAUAAAAGAUUUUACAGAAAUUGUGAAACAUUUUCUGGGGUUUGGACUAUAGAUUAACUUCUGCAACAAUUUAGAAAAAUCUCUCAUCAGGAACUUGUACUUGGACCUGUGUGUAUAUCUCUGCAUUUCUUAUCUGGAAGUAAGGGCCAAAUCCUAUGCUAACAGCGAAAAACAGGUCAUACAUUUUGGUUGGUUUAUGUUGUGCUUCACAUCUGCUUAAGAGAGGCAGGUUUUGCAUGUGUGUGCAAGAGAUGGAUUCACAAGGGGAAUUGCCAGCUGCAUGCACAGUUCUCUGUCCUUCCCAUCUGUAUCCUGGCUGUAUGCUGGGUGGGUUUAGGAGGGAUAAGGAAUGGGAAGUCAUCCUUACAAGAGGCUCAGUUGGUGCCUUCAGUCAAAAAUGGGUUACAGGCAGCAGCACUGGCACAAACCAGUGAAGCCUGGACACAUCCAUGGGCUGGUCACUGGUAUUUUUGUAAGGAGUUCCUGUUUUUGAGGCCUGUGGACGCGAGGAAGCGUGAGAUUGGUGUCAACGCUGCGUUCCCAGCCCUUUGCUACAGGGAGCUGAUGACCAGCCAGCAAGACAGAGCAAGGAGGGGCUCUGGUCCCGUCACUAAGUGCUGAUACAGGCCAGGCAUGAUACCCUUUGCUGAAUGGGACUUUCAGGUGGACUUGGUCCUGGUACCCCCUGGGAGGAUGCUGAGCAGGAGACCCUCUGACUUUUCUUCCAAGUAAGCUUUCAUAUCAAAGGGCAAUACCAUCUUCCCAGACUGCUUUCUUUCAAAAAUGCCUGAGUUUAGGGUUAAAAACAAGAAGCAUUUACAAAAUGUCUUAGGAGGGGACUUGAUUUACUUCCCUGCAGUGCUGCUAAAUCACGUACGAGGCAUGAUCAACAAUCUCAUCUGGUACCAAAGUCGGUAUUGGGAAUGGGACCAUGCCAUCAAAGCACUGGAGCAAACAAGAGUUUCUCUGUGCUGAGAUUGCACAACCAGCGCUCAGUUGGAGGAGCAAGGCCAGGCAGAGGUUCAGCAUGACCUCCGCUUGACUCAUAUUUUUUCCUCCUGUUACCAAUAAGAACUUUUUCCUCAUGAGUAACUUCAAAACUGUGUGUGCGUGUUCAGGGAAAAAAAAACAAGACCCGAUGAUUUGCCUGAGGAACAGUUUGUUGGUGAGACAGAACAAACCACUGAAUACUGUCAGGGACUGUUCUGCCUGCAUAGUUCAGCUCAUCAACUUUUAGAGCUUUAAGUGAAUAUUUUUUUACUGUCAUUUGGGUAUGUCCCUUCAUCUUUAAUGCAUUUUGCUCUGAAACACAUAAGUGAGGUAAGCAAGUGUUACUAUUCCAUUUUUUGAAUGUAUCUGAAGCUCAGGAAAACAAGGACCCUUUCAAAAAAUUGCUAGUUUAGCUGUUGUCCCUAACACAGGCCUAGCAUAUGCUGACAAAACAGCGCCUUUUCUAUUUUACUUUUUUUCUCAGGUAACAUAAGCAAAAGCAUAUUUAUGGUAUUGUAGCCAUGGCUUUCACGAGGUCUGAAAUACUGGGCUUUCUGCACUUGCACACACCCACACGCACACCCCCAAUUUCAUUACAGUGACAGAUCGGACCUGUGUGACUUGCUUGUGGCUGCACAAAAGGCCCAUGGCAGGGGCAGGGAAUUCAAGUCCCUGGAAUCACGGACCAGCAUUUUAACUCUGAGAGCUAAAUAGUUAAAAUUUCUGAGCAGUUCUCUGUAGCGAGUAGACGUUAAGGUGUCCAUUAUAUAUGCUGAAUUUCAGAAGCUGGAAUAAGUCUGUGUCCUGAUGGCAGGAGUGAUUUUUUUGUUUUGUCUUUAGCUGCAAAAAGGUUGCUUCUGGCUAAGUCAGCCUGUUGCUGUCUUCUAACACCUUUUGGCCUUGCUGACCGAUUUAAGCCAGUGUUGACAGAUCAGCUGCAGGCUCGAAGGCAGUUUCUGCAGGCUUCACAAAGACCAGGAGCAGAGAAGAGGAAAGAAACCUUAGCAAUGCCCCACUAAGGGAGAGACAGGUAUGAGCUCAACCCAUACUACACAUCUGAAAUGUCACAGCAGGGGCAGUUUUUAAGACAGCCCUAAUGGUGAGACAAAAUUCACUGACAGUCACAGGAACUGGGGAACACAGUCGUGAACAGAAAGCAGAUGGAAAUCAGGUCUCAUCUGAACUUCUUGUCACCUUCAAUGGCAGUUAGCAGCAUGGUUUUGCCUUUGUGUUGAUGACCUGGAUCAGUUUAUUUCCACGAUAAGAUCCUCAGGACUGUGGCACCUCCAUCCAUUUCCACUGCCUGCUGUGGCCAUAGCCUGGGUUUUCUCAGACUGACAGGCUGUGAUCAGAUUGAAAUGGUGGGAGUCUGGAAGAGGUAUCUGGGAGACAUGUACUGACAGCUGAUUUUGAGAGAUCAGGUUAAAUGAUUUAAUGGUUCUUAAGCCUUAGGUCCUAUACAUCUACAGGAAGGCAUGCUGGCUUCUGGAGCAAACAGCUUUUGUUAGGUUCCUGUGGAACCCAAAUGCAUAGUUCUGUUUCCUGCAUGCAAACCAGUCUGUCUUGAAAUGUAAUGACCAUUUUGGGCAUCUGAAGUAGUGAUUACUUCAUAGACAAAAUGAUGCAAAGCAAAAAGCAAUUUUCCAGCAACUGACCUUUCUGUGUCAAACUUCUAGCCUAAAGAAGAUCAGGAUCUUCUAAGUUAUUAAUUAAAUCAAAAGUGAAUCUGUCUAAAGAAAUAAAUGCCUAAAAAGUUUGAUGAGGAAGCCUGCUGACAGCUGCAAUAUUCCAAUUACUGAUAGUACAGUCUAGGAGAGUCAAAUCCUAUCUCUAAUUAUCUGCUUCUUGAUAUUGUGAAAUUAUUCAUGAAUGGAUUUUGACAUGGCUUUUAUUCACACAGCUCUUCUUUGUAUAAAUUGUGUACUUUAGAUCAAUUCAGACAUUACAAAGGUAGCUGCAGAAAGUAUAGACAAAAGAGCUGGGAGAACUGAUCAGCUCCAGAUGACUGUGCCAGGAGGACUGUGAUGAGCUCCUUCCAGAGUGUAGUCCAGCUCACUACCACCACACAGCCAGGGUUUUUAUUCCACUAAGCAUUUCCUUCUCCAUUCCUCUCUCCAUGGACCUUCCUCACCACCAAAGCAAAAGCAAGCAAAUUUUCUAGUGGGGUCCUAAGAUAAUGCCUAGUUGAAAGAAGUAAGGGAAAAAAGAGCAAAAAUUUAUCUAUGAAAUACACCAAUGGUUACUAAAAGUGUAAUUAUAUGUAAUCAGCCAUGCAGGUACAAGGUGUCAGUUUUCCAAGAUGGUCAAUGAAUCUAUCUAGUUUCCCUGCAGGAGACUCUGCAUUGACUUGUGCUGAGUAAGUGCAACUCAUUACACCAACUGCAGUAAUACAAAGAGCACAUGCUACUGCCUGGGAUGCAGGGCAUCAUCUUAAACUUACUGUAGUUAACAAAGUUCAAGAAUAUGUCUGGAAGAUGUAAAAAUAGUUGUACAGGACAUAGGAUGCAUGCUUAGUUGCCUGAGUGGUCUCCUCCAGUAUCUGCAUUGCUAAAAAGUAAGUUGCUGUGCCUAAAUGAUUGUAACUGAAGAAAUAAUGCAGAUAAGAAUCAGAACCUCAAAGAAUUUGGAAAUUGCAAGGUAAAUCCUGAAAUGCACAGGACUUCUGUAUCCAUUUCUUGUUUAGAUUAAACACCCACUGACUUUACUUACAGUUUUGUUUGAAAAGGGGGUUCUGCAUAUUCUGUAUUUAGCAACUGUUUUGUUCACUGCUGCAAUAAAGUCACAACUCACUGUUCCUUCCUCACCCUGAACAUUUAAGGACCUAUAAAUAUGCAGUUUUAUCCGAUGUUUUUUCAUAGUCCUGAGGAUGAACUUGUAUACUUAAGUCUUUCAGAGUGAGGACACCAGUCCUUUACUGCACUUUGGAGGAUCAUACUUUGGUCAUAGAAGUCCUCAGUGGAGAGCAUGACAUUUGUUUUAUAGCUAACUCUGGAAAGCAGCAGCUGUUUAAGACAUGUGACAAACCUAUGCAGCAAUUUAGGAUUGUAAGUGGGAGAAUCCAGAUGCAAUUCACUUCAGAUGCCUCUCUGGCAUUACUUGUAUUUGAAUUUGGCCAGCAUACACUUCUUACAGAAGGUGCCGAGUAAUUUGUAAGGGCUAAAGACCUUUUUUUUGUGAGUGCUAACAGAAAAAAAUUAAUGAAGAUAUUUUUUUCAGAAAAUUUAGACUGCUGAAAAAAAAAUAGAUCAUGAAGAUAAAUAUUUCUAUUUUGAAAUUUAAUUUCACUGACUCAAGUCCUCUUUUUAAAAUUGUAUUUAUUUGUUAAUAGGGUUUUAAAGUCAGAUGGCAUCCUCUGUACAGCCUACAGCCAGGGUCUCCCUGUUGCCUCCCUGUGCUGACGGUAGAUGCAAAUGGUGCACCUGAGGGAUACAGCCUGACUAGACAUCCUGGUGCAUGCAGAAGGAGCACUAAAGUACACGUUCUCCUUAGACAUAGCAGAAAUGUUUCCAAAACAGAAUGUAUUUUGGGGUUUUUUUUUUGGUUUUGUGUUUUUUUUGUUUUGUUGAAAUGUUCUCUACUCAUUUUCCCAUUUUCUGCAGAAACAUUUUUCAUUGGAAGUCUGUGCAAGUCUUAAUUUCCCUUUUUCUUUUCUUCUUUUCUUCUCUCUCUUUUUUUUUUUUUUUCCUGCUGAUGCACUUGGUAUUUUAUUUUCCAAGCCAGAAGAACAGCUCACAAGUUUCUCAACACUACAUGGAGCUCUGGCUCUGCCCUCUGCCACAGGAUCUGAACCAUCCUGUUGACCCCACAUGUUCUCCAGGCCCCAGCUCUCCAACCUUGAGCCAAGUGAUAUUGCACUGAAGUUAUUGUCCUGUGAUGUAAAGCUGCAAGCACAUCUAUCUUUUGUGAUUUACACAAUGAAAAGAAAGGGAUUUUGAUUUCUCAAUUUUCCUGAUUCAUGCCCUGCCUAGUAAGGUUCUUGUUUGCCUAGCAUUGCUCUGGUUUAUGUGAUGCUGAAAUUGCGAUGAAAUGAGGAGCACAAUGAGAACAGCUAGUGAAACAGCUUAAAUUCAGGAAAAAACAUCAACAUCAACGUUUACUUUUUCUCCUAGUUUGUUUUCAAGAUACAGAAUGAAAGACCUACAAAAUGGUAUCACCUGAUGUGUGGACAGAGUUUAAAUUCAAGAUACAUGUACCUGACAUUCGAGAAAAAGGCCUCUCUUUGCUAGGGUACCAUCUGUGCAACUAUAGCCUGACCAAAACUGUGUUUAAAAUGGUUGCCUACCAAAAGUCCUAUGAGAAAAACACUUCCUGUGGAGGAUGGAUACCGUGGAUGGUGUGUCCCCGGACGUACUACAAGACGCAGUAUCAUACCGUUGAAGUCCCUGAAACCAUCACUCUUACAGAUUGCUGUGAAGGAUACGAACAAGUUGGACUCUACUGCUCUUUAGCACUCAAUAGAUCCAGUGUAUUUGCCUCAAGACCUGGUAUUUGUCCAAUGAAGAAUAUGGAAACAUGUGAUUAUCCUUGCACGUUUGAUACUGAAUGUCCAGGGCUUAAAAAAUGCUGCAACUCAUCCAAAGGAGCAGGCUGUGUGGAUCCAAUGCCAGAGGGAAGGACAUUCUGGUACAAUGUGACAGUGCUUGUGAAAAUGGAUUUUAAUGAAUUAAUUAGAGUGGAUUCCCACCUUCUGAAUCACUCACGCCUUUUACACUCCAUGAUUACUGGUGCAUUACAGCCCUUGAAUGCCUCUGUGCACCAUAUCCAGAGCAACCGUGCAGAAGUAUAUGCUGGGACAGUGGCCUCCCAGGUUCUCAUCGGACUGUACCAGCCAGCUCCGCUAGCAGAGGUUUCUUCUUCUCUGAAGGACAUUGUGAAGCGCACAUAUGAAGUGAUUGACACAGAAGUGCAAGAUGUCAAUGAAUGUUCCUAUGCUGAAUUCAAUGCUUGUCCUGAGAAAAACACCUGUGUGAAUCUGGAGGGUUAUUACCGCUGUAACCCUCAGCGUGAACAGGCAGAUGUCAUCCCUCACCAGCUGAGUCGAAGAAUGGAAGGCAUGGCAGCAUCUACUCCAAGUUCAGCAUUAGAACCCAUUAACACUAGCAAUAGCUCCCUGUCUAUAAGUAAUUCAAGCCUCUUGUCCAUAACUAACAAAUCUGCAGAUGCUGGAUGCUAUCCCUCUGCACUUACAAACCACCGAAUCUUCAGCGUUACCAGCAACAGUUUUGAAAUGUCCUGGCAUGUCACUUCUACUCUGAACCAUACUUUCCAAGUCCAAGUGUUCAAGGGUAAAGAGAUUGUACAAAACCUGAAGACAGAGGAAAUGAAAAUGAAUGUGUCUCAACUGGAAGCAGGUGUGAUGUAUUCAGUAGAGAUCAGCUAUGAAACCUGUGGAAAAACUAGCACCUCUCAUCAAAAUGUUAAAACAGAGGCCAAGUUAUUUGGUGUUACUAUGAGGAUUCUCAACUACAACUUCACUGAUGAUUUCCAUAAUGCCAGCAGCUCAGCAUAUAAGGAAUUUUCAAGACUAUUGCUUACAGAGCUUGGAAAUUCAUUUCCACCCAACAUUUCUGCUUUAUACAAAUCUGGGAAGCUGAAAGUGCAGACUGAAUCACUGCAAGCUGGAAGCGUCUUUGCGAGGGUCAGAAUCACUGUGCGGGACCCCGAGUUCCCAGCUGAUGCCUCUACAUUUGCCCCAGUGCUUUCCUACCUGCACAAUGGCUCUGUGCUGUUGGUGGAUCAGCAAAACACUGUAGUAGAAGACUGGGAUGAAUGUGCUUCUCCCACCGAGAAUGACUGCUCUGUGUUUGCAGAGUGUGUCAAUUUGAUGGGCUCGUACCUGUGCAGAUGCAAGACAACCAUGGACACCAAUCCAUCUCGACCUGGAAGAAACUGUGAGGGUGAGAUUGUGGACACUCUCAGCGAAACGAUGGCUCCUGAAAUUACAAACAGCACAGAGUUUGCUCCUGAAGAAGUGAGCCCUGCAGGCCCUGCUUCCCCUGCCACCACUGAGAUGGUGGCUGCUGUAGGCUCUGAGAUGGGCACCACUGUGCACCUCCUUGCUGCACUACCCCUGGGUAACAAGCAAGCACCCCACAGUCAUUCUCCCACCAGUGCUCCUCCAACCCCUUGGAGAAAAGACCUUGCACCACAGAUGGGCUUCAGCAGGGACAACAGCACCAUGGCCACGGGGGUUGCAGCCAGCAAGGAACUGGCCAUGAGUGCAGAGUGGCAGGCAGCCGUAAGUCCACCGCAGCAGAGCUCUGUGGCAGAAGCUUCCUCUGGUGCACCACAGCAAACGGCCGCUCCCACAAAUACAUCCAUAGGCACAGCCAGGCAAGAGCAACUCAGUUUGCCAUUGCACACAACAGCCUGUGCUACCACCAGAAGUCACACAGAUUUUGUUGUGCCUCAAGCCAGCUCGCAAGCUGGCCCUGGUACAGCUCUGCCGGCCAUAGGGGAUGCUGGCACUCCCCCCCCGCAAUGCCACUCUCAGAGCACGUGUAGAGAUGGGAAGAGACAACGGCUCUUGCCAGCUUUGCCAGGGGCCUCUCCAGCUCCCAGCCUGACGCCAGGCCCCACCAUGAACCACACUGUCCAGAAACUUAGCGGCACAGUACGGAUAACAAACAUGAAAUACUCUCCACGCUUUAGCAAUACAAGCAGUGAGGAAUACCAAACCUUUGCACAGCUCUUUGUUGACGAAGUACAUAAAUCUCUGCCCCUGGAGGCUUUGCAGCAGAUGGAUGCUGGUCUGAUUAAAGUGUUGAUAACAGGUAUUACUAAUGGGAGCACAGUAGUAAGCUUCAAUUUACUGAUUGCAGAAGAUGUGGAUAUCUACUACAUCAUCACCACUUUUCGUGAUGCCUUUGAACACAGCUCCUAUUUCACGGUUGACAAAAGCAGUCUCUCCAUAACUGAUUAUGAUGAGUGCAAAAGCAAAGACGAUGACUGCUCCCCAGACGCAUCAUGCCAUAACAUGCUUGGAUUUUACCAGUGCAACUGCAAUGAAGGAUUUGCUGAUGUGCAUCCAGAAAGGCCUGGAAGAAGCUGUGAAGCAUUUCCUAUCAGCCAGAAGGCAACAAUGAUGGAAAAGAAACCUGUAUACAGCACAGUUUUACCUUCAACAUCUUUGCAAACUUCAGCUCAUGUUUCUUCCGCUGCUUUAUUGGACUUUUCUGCUACUGAACACAAAGGAAGAGCUCUUGAGGACACCACAUUCUCCAGCGUGGUGCUGCCUUCUUUCACCGUGGAUCCCGUGUCAACUCCUGAUGUUUCUCCUCAAGCAUCUCCUCUCCCCCUUGUUAAACCUGCCCAGGAGUUUUCCAUUAAAGAUGCAGUGAGAGUGUUUUGUGAAAUUGAGAAGAUUGUCCUUGCUGUCCAGAAAAGGUUUUUACAGCAGGAGUCUAUCCCAGAAACUUCCCUGUACCUGGGGGAGCCUCGCUGCAACGUGAGCAUCAGCAAUGGCACUCACGUUGUGCUGCAGGCAGGCUGGAGUGACUGUGGCACUGAAGUUGAGACUAACAUGACUAAUACUGUAGUGAAAACCAUCCUUCGGAAUGAUGUUUCUGCUCAGAGAGUAAUUCACCACUUAAAAAUUGCCAGUCCCAUUCACUGUGUGUUUCAAAAUGAUCUCCUGGCUUCCUCUGGAUACUCUGCGGAAGGGCUUUACACCAUCUUUGAGGAUUUGCAUGGAUCUGGACGCUUCAGAACAGAAAUGCAGUUGUUUAUUGGAAACUCUCCAAUACCCCAAAAUUUCAGCAUCUCUGCCAGUGACAACGUACUGAUUGAAGUGGGGAUCCAGAGAGCAGACAGCAAGCUCAAGGUGGUCCUCACUGACUGCUGGGCAACUCCAACUAAUAACUCAGUGGAUCCCCUCUCAUUUGUUUUUAUUAGCAACAGCUGUCCUGUCCCAAAUACGUAUACCACACUGCUAGAGAAUGGGAAUUCAAGCAAAGCACAGUUUAAGAUGAAAAUUUUUUCCUUUGUCAACAAUUCUGUGGUUUACUUACACUGCAAAAUUCGUAUUUGUAUGGACAGCCCAGGAAGCACCUGCAGGACAAGAUGCCAUGCAGCUCGAUUCCUGAAGACUGGUGAAACCAUUGCUACACACAGAACAUCCUGGGGACCCCUGUGUAAAUCAGCUGCAUCUGAUCUGAAGAGAGGGAAGGAGGCUGGGAUGGGAGUUGGAUACAUCAUCCUCAUUGCCUUUGCUGUGUUUGGUUUUGUGCUGGGAGUUGUGAGCCUUCUCAUUUUCCAGUACCAGCGAAAGACGAGAAGAUACAACUUCAGAAUCAAGUCAGACAACUUUAGCUACCAAGUGUUCUAUGAUUAGUGAUUUCCAGGUUACCAGAUUUGGAUCGUAUUUCAUCACAUGGAGAACUGAAGCUUGUCUUCACUCAGCAUUUGGCUUUUAUUACUGUUCACAAUGGUGGCCUUGACUAGUUGCAACACCGACUGUUCCACUCUUCCACAUUAAUGUCACAUAUAAAAGGCUUCUAUCCCCCCCCUCCCCUUUUUUUUUUGCAAUCAUUGGGCUCAUCCCUAGUGUCCUAAGAACUAUUUGUGACCACAGCUCCUGGUUGAAGUGAAUGUUGGCAUUUUUUUCCCAUUGAUUAAAUAGAGAGGAAUAAAGAAAGACUUCAUGGUUCUCUAAUCAAGUUUCAGGAUCUGGCUGUCCUGUACCAUGUUGCUCUGUGCCCAUCGUAGCAUCAUUUGUGUCAUUACUAUUGACAAGUUGCAUGUUUCUAUAAAUCUUGCAGGAAGUAAAUCAGCAGACCCUUAGAAAGAUUUACUUUUCAGUUUGUAAUUAAUUAUUUACUUAAGGUGAGGUUGAAACUUUGGUCUGCCGUAACACUGAAGACCUAAUUGUGCAACGCCUUAGGUACACAGAAGCAGAAGAACAAGUAUUGGAUUUGCCACCAUAUAAAGAAAAGGCACCGUGAAUCUGGGGCUUAACCUACUCAGAAUGUUCUUCAGCAUGAGUUUUGGGAUUUGAUUGUAAACUCUUUAAUCUACAAGGACUCAGUCAAAAAACAAAAAAAAGAAAAAGGAAAAAAUAAACUAUUUUUGCUACUGGCAGCCCAUGAUUUCCAGAUAAGUCAAUUGGUACCUCCGUAUUCUGUUUAAUUAGACCACAAUGAUUGUGCAGUCAAGCCACAAAGCGUGAUGCCUACCUAGCUGAGAGCAUUCCAUUUGCAACAUAAUAUUAUAAAUUUGAGCUGAAUUUUGCCUGGCUGCAAGACCCUACCAUUAGUGCAGCAGUAAAGGUUUAUUUUACAUGCUCCAUGGGAUACAACAACAGCCUGCUCAGCUGGAUAAACUAGAACAAAAAUAUUUUCCAUACAGUAAACAUCACCUGCAGGACUCUUUCCCAGGGCACUCUUCACUCUGCUGCCCCAAACCUCCACUUCAGUAAACGUGUGAGAAGAUGGAGAGUGAAGAAGUGUGGUAACUUGUCCCCUCACCCCUUGGUUCUGAUUGCUGCAUGCACUUCUCCUACACAGUGACAGAGUCUGCUGUAUCUAGGUCACUUAUAAUUCAGUAAUUUACAGUGAAUAAGGUUAACUCCUCUUUAAGCUCAAUGGACACCAUUACAAAUAACUCAGUGGAAACUGGUCAUUAAAUAGAACUUGCAAAUGCUCUUAGUAUCCAUAGCAUUUAGGUACUAAUUUUUUUUGUACAGAAUAACAUUGGAAAGCUUUUUUUCUAACCUCCUAGUCCAAUUUCUGCUAGGUAAUAAGAUCACUGGGUAAAGGACUUCUACAUUUUGCAAAAGGUCAUACUGAUCGAUCUUAGAGGUUAUGUAUACACCUUUUAAAUGCAUCAAUAAAUUUUGGAAUGAUCAUUUGCAUUCUGCUUUUGAGUCAAAUGGAUCUUUAAGGAGUAAAAAUCCUUGUCUUUUGCUUGCUGAAAUAUCAGUUGCCAGAUCCUGACAUAAAAAUGAUCCAUAUGGUUGCAAUUCAUUAGUGAAACUACAAAUUAUCUUUGCAAUCUUAGAGUCUGAUGAACAUAACCACUAGCUUUUUAUUAUGUAGGAGUUUUUUAACUUUUGCUCCAUUUACUCUCAAAUAUAUCUAAUGUGUUUGCCUUCUCCACACAGUGAAAGGUUAAGUUAUUUUACUAUAAAUAUUUUUCUAGUUUUUAGUACUUACAGUCUGAACUGCUUGAAAGUGACAGACUAGAGAUCUGCCUAUUGGUUUCAGUGGAGCUCUGCCAUUUACAAAGGCUGAGCACUAGUCUUCAGGAAGAAAUGUAAAACAGUAGCUUGUAUUUGAUACUUUGCAUGCUUGGCAGAAACUGCUAUUGUGACUAUCUGAGGCUGUUUAUUGGAGUUCUGAUGUCUU